AUGUCCGAAACCAAGAUUCCCCCCGAACCUUCCGUGAUCCUGGAAUCACUCUCCACAGAAACAAACACGCAGCCUACCCAAAUCGAAACCGAGCCACCAUCUGAAUAUAUCUUCAAUCAUGACUACAGGUUCUGGUGCAUCAUGAUUGCUCUCUGCACAAUGCAAAUCCUGCGUUCGCUUGAAAAUACCGUUGUGGUGACUUCUCUCCCGACGAUUGUGAAGCAUUUGGAUCUGGGGAGUAGUUAUAUCUGGGUGACCAACAUAUUUUUCCUCACUGGUGCAGUCACCCAACCUCUAACCGGUCAACUAGCCGAUCUCUUCGGCAGAAGACACAUCGCGCUCCUCUUCGUCGCCUUGUAUACACUCGGUAGCGGCAUCUGCGGGGGUGCAAAUACCUCAGCAAUGUUGAUCGCUGGUCGUGCAAUACAAGGUGCGGGAAGUGGAGGCAUGACUGCGAUUAUGGGGAUUGUGAUUUCGGAUCUGGUGCCGCUGCGUUGGAGGAGUGCGUAUCAGGCGACUUUGGCGGGGACGUAUGCGUUUGGCAUGGCGAUUGGACCGGUUGUUGGGGGGGUAAUUGUGCAGAGGACGGGGUUUUAUAUUAAUCCUCCGAUUUGUGGGGUGUCGUUUGUGCUUUUGUGGUGGUUUCUUAGGGUUAAGUGGGAUAGGGAAUUGGAUGUUUGGGUUAGACUUAGACGGAUUGAUGUGAUAGGAAAUGGCCUUCUGGUGGUAUCUACGGUAUCGAUACUUAUUGCGUUGACUUGGGCUGGAUCUUUGUAUGCCUGGUCAUCUUUUAGAUUUAUUGUCCCGCUUAUCCUUGGGCUUGUCGGACUUGUGGGAUUCUUUUGGGUGGAGAGUUCUGGGUGGAUAGUAGAGCCUGUAAUGCCCCGCCGCCUCUUCGCAAAUCGCACUGCAAUAAUAAUCUACAUCAACACCUUCAUAAUCUCCAUACUCAACUACUGGAUAUUUUUCUUCCUCCCACUUUACUUCCAAGCCGUCCGUCUCUCCAGCCCCACUCGCUCCGGCGUGCAAAUCCUUCCCAUAACCCUCAUCGCCAUCCCGGGCGCCGCAAUCGGCGCACUCGCUCUCUCCAGAUGGGGAAAAUACAAACAUUUCCACAUCACUGGGUUUGCGCUUCUCGCAGCCGGAAUCGAUUCUCUCUCCACCCUCACCAAAUCUUCAAGCACAGCACAGUGGAUCUGUCUCCAAAUUCUCCCAUCUGUCGGUGCAGGUAUGGUUCUCGAUACGCUCCUCCCCGCCGUCCAAGCCGGCGUCGCAGAAGUAGAUUCCGCUGCCGUGACGGCAAGUUGGUCGUUCGUGCGCAGCUUCGGUAAUAUUUGGGGCGUGCCUAUUCCAGGUGCUGUGCUUAAUAUAUAUAGUACUCGUUAUGCUUAUGAGGUGAUAACGGAUCCUACGGCGAAAUUAGCGCUGCAGAAUGGAAAUUCGUAUUCGAGUGCGACGCGCGAGUUUAUAGAGUCGUCUACUGAACCGACGAGGAGUCAGAUUAUUGGGGUUUUUGCAAAGGCGCUGAGUAGAGUUUUUUUGAUUGGAAUGGUGUUUCCGAUUUUGGCAUUUAUUUUGUCGUUUUGCGAGAGAGAGGUGAAGUUGAGGAAGGUUUUGGAGACUGAGUUUGGACUUGAGGAGAGGACCGAGGGGAAACGAGAUGGGAGGUAA